CGGCAAAGUCCCAAUGUUCGAGCUUACUGGCUCUUGCCGAAUUGCAAACAACACUAUGCCGCUCAUCGUAUCGAACCCUCCUCGUGUGGUCGUCACUGGCGCUUCGGGACUACUGGGUCGCGCCGUCGUAAAAGCGUUCAAGGAAGGAGGAUAUGAUGUCGUUGGAACGGCCUAUUCAAGGGCGACAGAAGACUUGAGAAAGUUGGACCUUACCGACUUUGCAGCGGUGAAGGCGUUCGUAGCAGAGCAAAAGCCCCAAAUUAUCAUUCAUUGCGCGGCAGAGCGUCGACCAGAUGUAGCACAAAAUAAUCGUGAGGGAGUUCAACAGCUCAAUGUUGCUGCAACAGAGAAUCUUGCCCAAGCUGCAAAGGACAAUAACGCAUGGCUAGUCUACAUAUCUACCGAUUACGUGUUUGACGGGACAAACCCUCCUUACGAACCUCAAGAUCAGGUGAACCCCUUGAACUUUUAUGGACAAACUAAGUACGCCGGAGAAGAAGCUGUGCAAAGAGUGAAUCCAAGUGCAGCGAUUCUACGCGUACCGAUUCUAUACGGAGAAGUGGAAUAUAAUGGCGAAUCGGCGGUGAACGUUCUCCUCGAUGUGAUUAAGAAGUCGGAUGCGCCAGUUUCGAUGGAUGACUAUCAAGUCCGGUAUCCAACAAAUGUCGCUGAUGUGGCCAAAAUCCUCAAACAAAUGGCAGACAAGGUCGCAUUGAACAAGCAGCAGCUGUCUGGAAUCUACCAUUUCAGCUCCAAGGAAAAGAUGAGUAAAUACAGUAUAUGCGAAACGAUAGCAAAACUUUCAAAUCUUCCUUAUUCGCAUUUGACACCACUGCGGGACGCUCCAAAGGAACCUGUUGCAUCACGCCCACACGAUGCACAUCUUGCGACUACACGGCUGGAGCAAAUCGGAAUCAAUGUUUCGUGCGUACCAUUUGAGCAGUGGUGGAAAGAGUAUUUGGCCAAAAAGGCGUAGAAUAGUGUUUAUCAUACCGCCGCCGAUAUUCUUGGUCAAACUGUAAUACAUGAAUCAUGAAUGUGAUGUCGGUUUCUUGGUUGGUUAGAUGCCUUCUCUUAUGCGCCGGGCAACGGUAGAUUAGGUUGACAUCACAGGAAUGGUCAAGAGGCCUCAACAGGUCAGCAUGAUGCAACCACUCUUCAAAAAAAAAAAAUAUAUAUCCAACUAUUCACACUG